ACAUAUUUACUUUGUUAUUGUAAAUGUUUCGAUUAUAUAAUCGAUGAUUGAUCGAAAAGGGUUGUUCGAUUAUUUUCGAUGAUCGAUUAUGAUUUUUGUCUGAUUAAGAAACCCUACAAAUAAUAAUAUAACGUAAAUGACGUCACGUCAUUAAGUUGGUACCUAGUACUGUGCAUGCUGGUAUUUCACUGAAACAACGUAAGGGGCUAAAAUUUUAAACAGUGAAAUUACCAGUUUUAUAUCACUGAUAUAUUUCUAUAAACCACCGAAAAGCAUGUAAUAAAGUGUUAUAAUAGCUAGUAGAUAUCAAUUUGCUGUUAAUUGGUAUAAUUAAAAAUCCCUUUAAUCCUCAAGUAAUCAGAAAAGUAAAUUGUUAAAAGAUCAAAUUUAUAUACUAAGUCUGAAAGACAUUAUCGUGAUACGUAUCGCAUCGCAACAUAAGAAUCGCAAUAUGCAUCGCAUUUCUUCAAAGUAUGCAAAUUAUACAUAUCGUGAAUCGCAGCGUUUUGAAAAACAAAUAUUAUCGUGAUAUGUAUCGUGACAGAAAAAAAUGCACAGCCCUAUUAAAUAUUGUACAUUAUAUUUACAUUUUAAAAAGUUUUUUAUAUUAAAAUAUUUAUUUUUAAAAUUUCACAGGUAACCACAUUUAAACCAUGAUCAUUUGUGACAUUUGUGGAGCGGUUAUCGGAAGAAACAAUAUUUUUACAUGUACUAUUUGUGACAAUUACAAUUUAUGUCAAAAAUGUGAGGACAAGGGUGAACACCCUUUCCACGAUUUCCUGAAAUCAAAACGAAACAAGACUCAGACUUUCUAUGCUACACCUAUGCAGGUAAGGAAAAAUGAGGAAAUAGACCUGAAGUUUCGCCCUCCACAGGUUGAACAAAGUAGUGCAACUUCAUCAUUUAAUUGUACAAAAAAGGCGGUUACGGAGUCAGAGAAUUAUACAUGUAUUGAUCUCACUGAAGACAGUCCGAGUGACUCAACCGUUGGAAGAUCUAAAGAUGUCAUUAGGCUUAGAAAUAAAAGAAUAAAAAUUCAAAUUCCAAUGGCGCCAAGAUCUUUUUAUAGUCUUAGAAGUCAGGCGGGGAAUGGGGAUGUGUAAUUGAUGGUAGUUACUGUUAAGCAUGUUAACACUUUGAAGAUGAACAUUUUCACUAAAUGGGGUGCUUUUGCUUUGUUUUACAAAUUUGAGUGCUGUUAACUAGUUAUAUACAGUUUUCAAUUAAUGAUAACUAUCUGUUAUCAAUGUAAAAAUUGAAAUGUUCAAACAUAUUGCUUCAUUGUGAUCACUAUUUUGUAUACAUUUUAUAAAAUUUGUAUUAACCCCCCCCCCCCUCUUACCUGCUGAAUUUCUUAAAUGGACUUAACCAGUUAUUUUUUUGGCAUGGUCAGGAAGUACUUUUUGGGGGGAUAUCAAGAUGGGAAUUGAAAGUUACUUGACAAUUGACAGUGUAGAGCCUGGUAAGUCUGCAUGCAUGUGUAAUCUCUAUACUCAGGUGGCAAUAGCUGGACACUAAAGUUUUCUGCAGGUUAAAUUGGGCAUGAAGUACUAUUACUAGCAUAUUCUAACCACUAUGGUUUAUGAUAUAAUUUGCAUAAGACUGUAUAAUGAUUUGUUUGCACAUCUGUUUUGAGGAAAAAAAAACUGUACUGUACUGUAGGCCAUCAUUCAAACAUUUAAUACAUCAUCAACAUGAAACUUAGAAUACUGUAUUUUUGGCGUUGUUCCCCUUUUUCACUUUUUUUUCUGUGGGGGGGGAGGGGAGGGGGGGACUGGUUAUUGCACCAAACAAGAUGAGUUUUAACACUGCAUGUCACUGUGGUGCUCUAGUUUUUGUGUCGCCUCUACAGAGUAGUGGCGACAUAUAGGGAUCACUUCUCCGUCGUCCAUCUGUCCGUCCGUCACAAAACUUGUCCAGACUACUACCGGUGCAAUUUCAUCCAAACUUUACAGGAAUGAUCAGUACCAAGUCUAGUGUGCAUAUUGUCAGCAUUUUCCGGUUCAAUGAUUUUUGUCAGAGUUAUGGCCCUUUGAUAAUUUUUAUUUUUAAAGUUUGUUCGGACUACUUCUCUUAUACCACUAAUGCAAUUUCAAUGAAACUUUACAGGAUUGAUCUGUAGCUCAAGUCCUUGGGCAUAUUGCAUGGGUUUUCCGGAUGAAUGAUUUUUGGCGGAGUUAUGGCCCUUUGAUAAAAAGGUGUUUUUUUCUGUGUGUUGCCAGAUACGCAAAAGCUUGUCUUGACUACUCCUCAUAAACUACUGGUGCAAUUUCAUUCAAACUUUACAGGAAUAAUCAGUACCAACUCUUUUUGUGCAUAUUGUCAGCAUUUUCCGGUUCAAUGAUUUUUGUCAGAGUUAUGGUCCUUUAAUAAUUUUUAUUUUUAAAGUUUGUCCUGACUACUACUUUUAUACCACUAAUGCAAUUUCAAUGAAACUUUACAGGAUUGAUCUGUAGCUCAAGUCCUUGUGCAUUUUGCAUGGGUUUUCCGGUUGAAUGAUUUUUGGCUGAGUUAUGGCCCUUUGAUAAAAAAAGGUGUUUUUUUCUGUGUGUUGCCAGCUUGUCUGGACUACUCCUCAUAAAUUACUGGUGCAAUUUUAUCCAAACUUUACAGGAAUGAUCAGUACCAAGUCUAGUUGUGCACUGUCUGUCCAUCUGGCACAAACUUGUCCCAACAUGAAAUUGGCCAUCAUGAGGCAACACAUGUGAUCACUGAUUGCUCUUGUUGUUGAUACUUAUUCCAAUUGAGUCACUUUAUUCUCAAGGCUUUAGUAUGUUCCAAAUUGUCUUUCAAAUCAGUUGAUUAACAUGUAAAUGAUUAUACAUAACUAUACUAUUGAUACUUUUAUAAUAAUUUUUAUAUGAUUGUGUAAAUUAUUAACGUGAUUGAUUAUUUUUAAAUAUGUAUUAUUGAUUGAUUGGUUGAUUUGUUGAUUAUUUUUAAUGACUGAUUGCUAGAUUGAUUAUUGAUUAUUGUUUAAAGCAUCAUGCUUGUUAAAUUUUAUUUGUGAAAUAAUUCUAGUCCUAAACAUAAGUAUUUUAUUAUCAUUUAUUGUUUCUAUGCUCCCAAAGCGUCCAUCCAUCUGUCUGUGUGUCCCAAGUCUUAAUACAACAUUCAGGUCUGCACUGUAACUCUGUAAGUUUAUCAUGCAUGGAAAGAUUUUAAAAUAUCUUGGCACAAAAGUGUCUACAGUACCACUUCAUGACUUUCUUUAAAGCAUACUUUAGGAUAUAAAAUUGAGAUUUGAAAUUCAUAAUAUUGGGAAUAUUCAAGGUGUCAGCAUUUAUUCAAGGUGACAGCAUUGGAAAAAAUGGAUGUUAUUUUUAUGCCCAGCCACUUGGAUGUAUAGGGAUUCAUACAGAAUUUCCUUUGUCUGUCCCCUUGUCAUAUUGUCCUGUGACAGUAGUUGUGGGGGCAUCUGUGGGUGGUUUUUUUAGGGUCUCCACUGGGAUUUUUUGACAUGAUAGAACAUGAAAUAUAUAUAUAUGUGCAGAAUUUCAGAACAUAACUGGAACAGAGUUUGAUAAUAUUUUCUAAUUUGGUAAACUUUUUAAUAGGUUUCAAAGUACACCUCACAAAAAUUAACCCAAGGCAUUUAUUUGCUAAUAAGCCACUGACUGAUUGAGAAAAAUUGAAAAAUGGUUAAUAUAUCAACAGAAAAUAUAUAUAAGAUAAUUCAUAUUUUUAAAUGUAAAAAUUGUUCAGUGUAAUGUUAAGUCUUUGAACUGAACAAUAUUUAGAUGUGUCAAUAUUUUAAAUAUAUACACCAAGGUAAUUAUAUCCCCACCACAAAAUGUGUGGGGGGGGCUAUAAUGGAUUCGCUUUGUCGCUUCCGUCUGUCGGUCAGUCCGUCCGUCCUCAACAAGGUCAAUGCAUGCUGGUCGCAAACCCAUUAUGUUGGUUUUGUCGUGACACGGCUCAUAUUGUUCCUUGGGUGAGUUUGUAUAGCUUGAAUGAUUACACUAACCUUGAGACAGGCUAAUUUGAAUAUAUUCAAAAUUUCCAAUUAUUUCUUCAAAUUAUAUUCAGUAGUGAUGUAGAUGUGUACACUGAAAAAAUCAUCCUUAAUUGCCAUGAAUCUGAUGCAACAGGCUGCUUUAAAUAUUUAAACAUUUCUGAUUAUUUCUCUUAAUUAUAUUAAGUAAGAUGCAGAUCUAAAGAUUAAUUAAUAUUUAAUUAAUUAUGUAAAUUAAUAUUUAAUUAAUUAUGUAUUGAUCAUAAAUGAAUAAAUAUCUAUCAGUAUGUUUGAACCAAAUGAAUAUAUGUAUAUUUUCUGACAUUCUAUCAUUGAAUUUCAUUUGCAUGUCAAUUAAAUUAUUUACUUCAAUUCCCUGUCUAUUAAAAGAUUUUUGUUGAAUAAUCAUAGUUAUAAUUUAAGGACGUACCAAUAUUAUCAACAAAAAAAAAAGCAUUUAUAUUCAUGUUCACAAUAAAUGGUAGUGCUUUAAUGUGAAUGGCAAGUAAUAAAUGCCACAACGUUACCCAUUUUUUGUCAGACAUAAACGUGUUGUAAAAUUAUUUUCAAAACACUGUACCCUCUGACAGAUCUAAAUACUUUGCAUAAAAUAACUGUUGUUUUUUUUCAAACCAGUAUACGUGUUUAUGUUAUGUAAUAUUCUAUAAUAGUUUAGUACUGCCCUUCCUUUGCAUGACCCUUUUUAUAAUAUUAUAUAAAUAAUUCAUGUUCAUUGAUUUAUUGAUGCAUUUCCUGAAUUGAUAUUUUUUGUAUCAGAAUGAUUCUUAAUUUUUGAUAAUAAUAGAUAUUUAUAUCAGAAUGAUUCUCAAUUUUUGAUAACAAUAGAUAUUUAUAUCAGAAUGAUUCUCAAUUUUUGAUAUAUCAGAAUGAUUCUCAAUUUUUGAUAAUGAUAGAUAUUUAUAUCAGAAUGAUUCUCAAUUUUUGAUAACAAUAGAUAUUUAUGCCCCCACAAAGUGGGGAGCAUAUACCGUUGCACUUGUCCGUCCGUCCAUACAUGUGUCCGUACGUCCCGAAAUCUUGUGAACGCAACUCCUCUUAAAACGGAUGGCAGAUUUUGCUUGAUGAACAACCUUAAUGUGUAGAUGGUAGUUAAAAGAAAGGAAUUUUGGCUGUGACUAAAUUUAACAGAAUUAUGGCCCUUUGUUGAUUUUUUCACUAUAUACCAUAUAUAGGGCAUCCGUGUCCUUUGGACACAGUUCUAGUUAUAUCACAAUGAUUCUCAAUUUUUGAAAAUGAUAGAUAUUUAUAUCAGAAUGAUUCUCAAUUUUUGAUAACAAUAGAUAUUUAUAUCGGAAUGAUUCUCAAGUUUUGAUAACAUUAGAUAUUUAUAUCAGAAUGAUUCUCAAUUUGUGUUAACAAUAGAUAUAUAUAUCAGAAUGAUUCUCAAUAUUUCAUAAUAAUAGAUAUUUAUAUCAGAAUGAUUCUCAAUUUUUGAUAACAAUAGAUAUUUAUAUCAGAAUGAUUCUCAAUAUUUUAUAAUAAUAGAUAUUUAUAAAUAUUUUCAUGCAUGAGUUUUAUCAUUUUUGACUUAAUGAGUUUUUUCUAACAUGAUUUUAGCUUGAAUUUUUAAAGAAAGAAAAGAGCUAUUGCUACAGUCAUGUUGUGAUGUUGCCAUCCGAAACAAUGACCUUGACCUUCUAAGGUCAAACACUUGAAUUUUGCUUGAUUUUUGCUAUAAUGGGCCAGAUCUAUAACUUUGUUAUUUUUAAAUUGAAAGUCUUCAGGCUUGGACAAAAUAUCCUUUAGACAAGACUUUCAUGUAGACCUUGACAUGGAAUGUAACAUUUUUACUGUUUUUAUGCUAUAACUGGCUGUAAAUGCGUUAUGAUGCCCCCUAGGAAGAAGAGUGGGUAUAUUGCUUUGCUAAUGUCAGUCUGUUCCUCUGUAGACCACAUGGUUUCCGCUGAUUAUCUUGAAAACUAUUUAUCACAAUGUGUUCAUAUUUCACAUAGUGAUUGGUCAUAACCAGUAAAUGACCCCUAUUGAUUUUGGGUCACUUGGUCAAAGGUCAAGAUCACAGGGGCUUGAAUUGUCAGAAUGGUUUCUGCUGAUUAUCUUGAAAAGUGUUCAUCACAAAGUCUUCAUAUUUCACAUAGUGAUUGGUCAUUACUAGUAGAUGACCCUUAUAGAUUCUGGGGUUACUAUGUCAAAGGUCAAGGUCACAGGGCCUUAAAAGACAGAAUGGUUUCCGCUGAUGAUCUUCACAAAGUCUUCAUAUUUCACAAAUUGAUUGGUCAUUUUGGGGUCAAUAGGUCAAAGGUGAAGGUCAUAGGGGCCUUGAACGGUAGUAUGAUAUCUGCUUAUUAUCUUGGUUACUAAGUCUUAAUAUUUCACAUAUUGAUUGGUCAUUACAAGUGGAUGACCCCUAUUGAUUUUAGAGUCACGAGGUCAAAGGUCAAUGUCACAGUGUCUUUGAAUGGUAGAAUAGUUUCCGCUCAUUAUCUUGAAAGCUAUUUAUCACAAAGUCUUCAUAUUUCUAAUAUUGAUUGGUCAUAGCUAGUAGACGGCCCCUAUUGAUUUUGGUUUACUAGUUCAAAGGUCAAGGUCACAGGGGCCUUAAUUGUCAGACUGGUUUCAGCUCAUUAUCUUGAAAACUAUUUAUCACAAAGUCUUAAUUAUGUUUCUUUUUUCAAUAAUUGAAGACUUCCAUAUACCCAUUUAUGGCAAGUUUCUAUAACAAAAUUAAGUUUGACAUUUCUUGUUUAUGAAUGGAUUGUCUUCAAAAUUGGACAAAGCAAUCCUUAGGAAAAGACUUUUAUUUAGACCUAUUUGACCUUCACUCUUCAAUGACUUUGACCUUAAAAGUCGAAUUAUUGAAUUUUGCUUGAUUUUUUCAGUAAAUGGUUAUUACUUUGUUAUUUAUAAAAUGUCUCCAUACUUUUGCACAUCUAGAAGACAAUGUUUAAAAAAAGACCAAACUGAUUUGACAUUGACUCAUAAUGACAUUGACCUUGAAUGUCAUAUUAUUGUAAUUUCAAAGUUAUUUUGCUAUAAUUGGCUUAACAUGGUAAUUACAAAAUAUGUCUUGUCCCAUAGAUUACUGUGGCACAAUUUAAUUAAACUUGAUUUGAUCUUGACACUUCAUGUUAAGUAACAAUAGUUUUGUUGUUUAUUUACGUUUAUGAUGUAUACUCAUGAAAAAAAGAUCUCUUAUAAAGAAUACUGACAUGUUAAGUAUUUAAUGUGUGACCUUGACUGUCAAGGUCAAAUAUUGAAUUUAGCUAAAAUAGUCAUAUCUUUGCAACUUUGUGAUUUAUUCCCUCCUAUAUGUACUCAGACAAAAGAAACCCUUAUGAUCAAACCAAUAUACUAAAUUAUUCUGAUAUGACUUUGACCUUAAAGUGACCUUGAUCAUUAAGGUUAGUUAAUGAAACUUGUUAACAUUGUCAUAUCUUGUGAUUUUAUUUAUGGAUGUGAUUCAUACAUGGACAAAAUAGCACAUAUAUUGAAUUAUCACCUUAACCCGUAAUUGACCUUUACUGUUAAGGUCAAGACAAAUAACUUUGUUAUCUUUUUAUGGAUUUUGUUCAUUAUUGGACAAAAGAACACUUAUGAAAAAAAACUGACAAUAAUGGUUAAUUCAAAUUUGACCUAGACCUUUGAAUGACCUUGACCAUCAAGGUUAAAUAUGAAAUUUGUAUUAUAGUUUGUUUGAGACGGUGAUAUUUUCUAGGAGUAUUCUUUACUGCAAUAUUCUUUCUUCAAGGUAUUUGGCCACACAAGUAAGAAAAGUCGAGUGUGGUCCCUGUCUGGCAGUAGGUCUUGUUUAUUGUUAUAAUUAUUAAAUUUUGAUCUCUGAUAUGUAUUUAUGAUUAGAUAUACAAUAUUAAAUCUAUGUGUCAAUCAUGCUUUUCUAAAUGUAUUUGGCAAUAUAAAGUAAUCAAAAUAACAACUAUAACAACAAAUACAGUAACAUGUCUUAUCUAAAUCAACAUAGCUUUAAUUUGGGCAUGGUCAAUAAAAAAUGUUGUUUACUUACAGUAUCAUUAUUGUGUUCAAGAAAUUUUAAAACAAAAUAAAAACCUGUUUCAGUUUACCAAUGUUUUGUGUUUUUCUUGUUUGUUAACAAGUCAUUACUGUUUGUUUACUGUUAACUGCAUGAGUGUUACAUAAAGCUAUAUAUGUUUAAUUAUUAUAUAUAAAAUGUGAUAUUUUUAGCUAUAUAUAGGGCACAGUGUGCCCCUUUUGUAAUAGCUGUAUUUGAUUAUCAAAUGAUACAAGAUUGUUGAUAAAAGUGUUACAUGUAUAUAGUAUUUUUGUUAUAUAGAUUGUUCUUUUAAGAAACAGUUGCCAGAAUAAAA